AUGUCCACACUGGCCCUUACUGAAGGUAUGGCAGCGGCCAAACAGUUAGAAAUGGAAAAGAAAAUGCAAAAAGAGAGAACAAUACAGGAAAAGCUCCUGGCAAUGAGAAGUUACAACUUUGGGGAGGAAACCAACACCCUUAAAGUGCACGAGCACGGAACGGUUGCAAGAGACAGUUUAAAAGAACUCUUGCUCCAGGCACGACCUCCCCCACCCGGACGCAGGCGGGCAGACGCGGCAGAGAGGGGCAGGUCUUAUUGGCGUGGAGACUGUACAAGGGCACUUUUCCUUACAACCCCCAACAGCCGCGACCCUAAGGCUUCCCCGGCCCGGAGCCGCUCCCGCGCCGCGCGCCUCCCUCCCAGUCCGCCGCUCCCGCGCCCGGAUUCCCCAAAGGGCCGCCCAGGUCGCCCUCGAGUCCCCGCCCCCCGCUUCCCCGUCGGCCUUAUCCCUCCCGGAGUACCGCUGGGCUGCAGUUCUCUGGUUUUAAUAAAACCCGAGUGGCCCCGAGCUAGCGGGCUUUCCUCCUGGAGGCAGAGGCGGGGAGAGGAAGGGAAAAAAGGAAAGGCCGGAGGGUCCCCUCACCGCCCUCCCAGAGCUCCGCGUGGGGCGAGGGCGGGCGCGCCCCGGCUCUCGGUGCCGACCCGCCCCGCGACCCCGCAGAGGCUCUCUGAACUCAGGUUUUGUUCUGCCCGAAGAAAGCACUCGCUCUCCCAGACGGCGCUUCCCUGGACCUCCCAUCCGCGAGUUCGUCCCGACAGGGCGGGCGGACCCGAGCUUACAGACCCAUCCCUGCCGCCCGCGCUCAGGGCACAGCGUGCGGCCCCGCGGCGCCUGUCAGCGUGCAAACCCGCCCGCCUGCUGCUUCCUCCGCCGAACAGGCUGCGCGGAACGCAGAGCCUGCGCAAUAGCUGCCGUGAAGUUCCUGAUGCCCUGAACUCUGAAUCUCUCCAAGCCAGGCAGGGCAAGGUUGAGUUGCCGCGUUUUGGACCGCAGAAGCCCACUCUCGGAGCCAUCUCCUUUACAAUUGUGGAAAGGGAUCAGUUCUCCUCGGUUUUAGCUGAAAGGGUUAAAUGCAUACGGGAGACCACUGGAGCGAAAGUCUGCUGUUGAACAAGAUAAGGCAACAGCGAAAAGCACUCAAAAUUGAUGUUACAGCUUCACUCCCUUAUGAUAGACUUAAUGUGAUUUUUAUUAAGGAUUCAUACUUUUUCUUAGAGGUCACUGCCAACUUUAUGUCUGCUCCAGAGAUUAUUCCAAAGGCGUUUAAAAGGAGGAAAGAUGAAGUAAGCAACGCCUUUUUCAGCUAGACAAAUGUAAGUACUUUUAAGACAGUGCGUUGUGGUCAAGGCACGAAUAGAAGAUCCUUGCUGUUUUUCAUUGAUAUUGGAUAACUUUGGGCCUUCAUCAUCCUAAUAUCCCACACUUUCCCCAUAUCAAGCCCCAGAAAUUAUGUCUCUCUCUUUGUGCCCUCUUAUUAAUCCAAGCCCAUUGUCUCAACAUAGUCAACCAGUUAAUGUAGGCAAAUUUAUUCUUUUACAUAAUUACAAUGUAAUGUUUAUCCUGUGCCAGCUGUGUUGUUCCAGGCACUGGGCCAUUGCACUAAGAAUACAGGUGUACAAACUGUAUACAAAUUAGGUAAUUUAAACAUACACAAAUAAUUGAGAUUUUUGAUAGUCAAUUGUCAUUCAACUACAUAAACACUGAAUGGUUUCAGUUUGUUAGAUACAACCCUAGGUUUUAGGAAUAAAAAACUUAAAGGACCCCUGGUGCCUGUAAAGUGAUACAGUCAGGAAACAACUACUGUGCAGUGGUAAAUGCUACAGUGGAAACCAAGAUACACAGAUUAAGAGAUUUCUGAUAAAGGACCUGUGAAAAGCCUCAAAGAGUUUAGUGAAGGAAUUUCCUCUGUUCUUCACUCUUUUUCUUUUUGUUUUUAAAUAUUUAUUUAUUUAUUUUUUUAAUGUUUAUUUAUUUUUGACAGGAGAGACAGAGCAUGAGCAGGGGAGGGGCAGAGAGAGAGAUGGAGACAUAGAA